AUGUCCGUGUGGAAACUGGGAAAAGUGGCACCGUCUGAACGAGGAAGGGUGUGGGAUGAUGAUGUCUGUGUGCAAACUAAGAAAAGUGGUGGUGGUAUUGCCUAUCAUUCUCUAUCAUGGCACUGUGAAGAAACAAGCAAACCUCACUGCCUCAAAAUUCAAAGUAUCCUCAUAGAUGAAGACAAUGAUGGAUUGGAAGGCGGUGUCGAUGGCAAGAAUGAGACGGUGAAUGUUGAGAGACAAAUUGGAAUUGGGAAUUUGGGAGAGGGAUUCGACUCAGGAUUCACCAUUUCUCCACUACAUGCAGGAAUAGCUCGACAAGAAACAAGAGUCAGUGUUCCCCCGUUCUUCCCAAGCUUGAAUUGCCAACGACUUCCUCCGACCAAACAGUGGUGCAAGAAUCACGGUAUUAAAUUGUCAGACUCUUUUCAGCAUUCCGAUGAGGAUGGCUUAGCUGGAUAUGACCGGGACCGAUACCUGUGUUUGCUUAAGAAAAUGUCAUCAAUAUUGUCUGAUCAAAAAGAAUCCGCAAGAGAGUUGUGGCUAUUGACGAAAAGAAUGCCUUCGUUCGGUGAACUUUUUGACAAAACUUAUCUUGAAAUAUACAUACUUGCUGUAGUAUACCAUUCGAGAAAAUAUCACACGCAGGAUGGAAGUAACAGUUUCCACCAUGAUCAGAGAUUAAUUCAGAAUCUUAAUGACUGGGUAGUGGAUAUUUUAAUGACUAUUAGUGGGUUGUUACAAAAACAAACAAAAUGUAAGCUUGCCCUUAUUCAAGCAAUAUUGGGUCUCCUAUAUAUCUUCACAGUAUCAGGAGAUGUGUUACAUCCAGGACGGGCCAAUGUUUCUAAGGCUGAGUUGAAACAGAAAUUGGCAAGGAUGUAUGCAGUGAAAGAUCCAAAUGCAAUAUUUGUGUUCAAGUUCAGAACCCACUUUGGUGGAGGCAAAUCAAGUGGUUUUGGCUUGAUCUAUGAUUCUAUUCAAAAUGCGAAGAAAUACGAGCCAAAAUACAUGCUCAGUAGGAAUGGUCUUGAUACCAAGGUAGGGAAGUCCAGGAAGCAACUGAAGGAGAGAAAGAACAGAGCAAAGAAGAUACGUGGUGUGAAGAAGACUAAAGCUGGAGAUGCUGCUAAGGCUGGCAAGAAGAAAUGAGAUUUUACGAAUUUAUGCUUCUCUACUUUGGA